AUGGUUUCGUUUCUCUUUUUUGUGGGGUCGCAUCGAGAAGCUGUCCCCUUUGCUUUAGUUUCGGCUAGAGCAAGUUCGCAGGCCAAAUGCAAUGCGAGCUUCCUUCAUUUCAUGGCCCCUUUUCUCGGUGUCUCGGAUGUGGGCGACUUUUCCGCUGGUCGGGUCAGCGUAGCCCCGCAUGCUCACCUUGUUAACAGUGGUAAUGUAACGAGUCUCAAGUUCCCUUUGCUUACAUGCCUCAAAAAUGCAGUGUUGCCAGAAGUGGCAGCGCUCUAG